UCCUCACAUGAUUAUACACCAACCACCGAACUUCACAGUGUCUUCACUUCUUACCAAAAAAUAAAAAAUAAAAAAUAAAAUAUGCAUCCCAACACACCCCAAUAUUUCACACUCUUCAACUUCAUUCUCCUGUUGCUGACAGGAACUUGUUUUGCCUUUUACACAGGCGGCGGCGGCGGCGGUGGUAGCGGCCAGAGAAUGUCUACAGAACAGGAAGGCGGAACCGGGGCUCCGAGGGGGGCCAGCGGGUCAGCCCACGGUCCCAACUGGGACUACAGUUGGGGCUGGGGUUCGAGCCCGGGAGCCGGCUGGGGUUACGGUUCGGGGUCGGGUAGGUCACCGACCGGGUUCGGAAGAGGUUUUGGCUUUGGUUUUGGUUCAGGUUCCGGUUCGGGGUCUGGUUCGGGGUCUGGGUUUGGAUAUGGUUCCGGAGGCGAUGGGGCUCGCGGGGGCGGGAACGGCUAUGGAGCUGGUUCAGGGAAUUCGGGCGGAGGCGGAGGCGGUGGCAGUGGCAGUGGCGGCCAAAUGAAUCGUGCACCGGCGGGUUCAAGGGACAGAAACCACCAUGGCUGAUGUUCUUCAAGGUGUGAGAUUUUAUACAUGUAAUUUGCUAGAAUAAUAUGACAUGUAUAACUACUAUAUACAGAAGUGUGUAAUGAUUUCAUACUUGUUAAGAGUUGGAAUGGCUGAAUACAUAAUAUAUUAUAUAAACUAUAUUGGUAUAUUUAGUAUUGCUGAAUGCAUAAUAUAUGUAGGCUCUAUUGGUAUAAUUUAGU